AUGGACGACUCUCUUACUGUCGAUUACGACCGGUACAGAUCAGACCCCCCAAGCUACUCGGAGCAGCAGCAACAGCAACAGCAGCCUCAGCAACCUUCCUCAUCUUACGCCUCGCCUCUGCCUUCGCCGUUGCUUGAGCUCGGUAAAAAUCUCGGCUUCCGCAAACCACUCCACCCGCACCACUCCAGCAGACCACAAGGGCCCGAGGAAGAUGUGGCUGUCGAAGCUUCGGGCUCGGGCAGCACAAAUACAGGCCUUCAGGAGCGCAUGCUUUCAAAGGUAUUACAGCAGAUGCUACCAAGCGACUAUUCGGUAGAGGAUUAUCAGGAGCCCCGGGACAAAAGGAAGGACAAGGAUAGACCUCAGUUCAGUUUAACGCUGAUGAGUGGUAAUUUUAGGAAAUUUAAUGCAAGGUGACGGUUAAUCCUUUUCUUAGUCCAUGAAAAAAAUUUGACGUCCGGAGUAUCGUUGCGCAGGAUUGGCGUUGUGUUUGUCUUCCAACAUCGCUUGUUUCGGCUCCUGCAAUGGCGGAAGCCCACGCACACCAUGUCGGCAUUAGCUGUGUACUCUUUUGUUUGCUUGGAUCCGUACCUUCUCGCAGUUCUUCCAGUAGCCGCAGUUCUGCUCUUUAUCAUGGUCCCCAGCUUUAUAACGAGACAUCCGCCGCCGCCGAGUAUGCCGAUGGAAAAAUAUACUGCGCACGGCCCGGCGAUCGCGCCACCUCCCGAGGUCAAAGCAGUCAGUGAGAUGAGCAAGGUAAUAUUGACUCUACAGAAUUGCCGAUCACCGAGGGGCAGGAUUGAUGAGCAUUCUCAAUUUUUAGGAUUUUUUCCGCAACCUUCGCGACUUGCAGAAUACCAUGGAUGAUUUCUCUAUUGCCCACGACAAGAUAAUUUCUCUAGUGGGCCCUCCAACUAACUUUUCCGACGAAGUCAUUUCCUCAGCUGUCUUCAUCACCUUAUUCUUCUUAUCCAUUCUCCUAUUCAUCACAGCGGCUCAUCUCCCCUGGCGCACGAUCUUCCUGGUAACGGGUUGGAUCGUCUUCUCUAUGGGACACCCAACCCUGCAGGAUAUACUUGUAGACGCGCAUAAUACCCAUAUUUUACCACACGAAGCUUCGGCUUCCGCAACAGCAGGCUCGUUCAUCCACAGAGACAUCAUCCUCGAUGCUGUUCCCGAAUGCCGUGAAGUUGAGGUAUUCGAAUUACAAAAACUCACAUCCGGCGGGGAGUACGAGUCAUGGAUAUUCUCGCCCACACCGUAUGAGCCCAUGAGCGCCCAACGGAUAGCGCACGAGAGGCCCAAAGGGACCAGAUUCUUCGAGGAUGUCAAGUGCCCCCCCGGCUGGGAGUGGAAAGAUCGAAAAUGGACUCUCGACCUGGGCAGUACCAUUUGGGUGCGGGAGAGGUACAUUGGUGGGGUAGAGAUUGAAGAGGAGGGUGAGCGGUGGGUCUACGACAGAGUGGAAGGCGAACAGGGAGUGCGAGGAGAAUGGAGGCGCCGGAGGUGGGUGAGGCAGGUUAGUCGGAAAUACCAGAUGAGGAUCGGCGAAAAUUAGAGCGGUAGUAUACGCUGUUUGAGCAUGCCUCUUCUUUUUCUAUUGCUAUGGUAACGGGGCGUUUGGCAGCUGUGAUAUAAUGGGUCUUUUAUUUUUUCUCUUUUUUCCUCUUUUCCCCUCCUUCCUCCCCCCUAGGUUAUUUUGUGGGUUAAGUACUGUACGUAAAUAUAGCUCCAGAUUUUUCAAAUGGAGGCGUGUCCACGGUCUAUCACUCG